UUUAACGCCAUAAUCUUAUAUCCUAACCCACCAUGAAAUUCUCAUCAAAAAAAUUUCCAUGGGUCUUUUCUUUCGUAAAUCCCGCCAGUUUUCUCUCCUGAUUUUUUCGUUUCUUUCUUUUAUUUCUUUCGGUUUUUCUCUCUCCACGGUCUCUAUAUCUGAAACUUCUAACCUCACAUUAGUAUGCGCUUUAGUACCAUCUCUUGAAUUGCAUCGAUCUUCUCUAAAUUGUUCUAGCUUUCCUGUUCCUGGUAUUCAAAUCCCUUUCAAUCCCAAUGUUUCGUUUACAGGUAUUGUCUCUGGCAAUGGAUUUUUAUGUGGUCUGAGACCUUCUUUUUCCUCAUCCAAUAUUUCAGUUAUGCAUUGUUGGAGAUUCUUUAGCAACGGUACUAAAAUAGAGUUCAAACGGAUUUACAGGGGUCCAGCUCUUAAGCAACUUGAAGCAGGCAACUCUAUUAUUUGUGGUCUUAAUGAGACCAACGCUCUUGAAUGUUGGCAAUGGCCUGAAUUCAACCAACCAAGGGAUCAAAACUUUUCUGCCAUCGCUGUUGGUGAAGGAUUUGUGUGUGGAUUAUCAGCAGGUGGAAAUAUUAGCUGCCCUGGAAACUUUCCUGGUAUCUCUGAUAAAGAGCCUGAAGGGAAUUAUAGCGUGAUUGCUGUUGGGUUUAGCCAUGCUUGUGCCAUCAAUGCGGAUAAUUAUUUAGUGUGUUGGGGAAAAACGGUGGUGGGUGAUACGCCUCAGGGAAAAUUCAACGCACUGGCUCUGGGACAGAAUCGAAGCUGUGCCUUAAGGACCAAUGGAACAGUUGUUUGUUGGGGGCAGAAUAAUUUCAGUCUACCACAGGAAUUGGAAGGGCUUAGGUUUAUUACAAUCAAAGCAAAGAGAAAUGUUUUUUGUGGAGUUUCAGCAUGGGAUUUUUCUCUGUUUUGUUGGGGUGAUGCAAACUUUAACUCCAACUUUAAGGUAUUCUCAGAAGUAUUACCAGGGCCAUGUAGGAAUACAUGUCCAUGUGGUCCAGUGCAGGGAUCAGGCCGAUUUUGCAGCAAUGGUGGAUCAAUUUGCCAAGCUUGUAUCAUACCUUUCGGGCCAAUAACACCAUCCCCUCCAUCAGCUCCCUCGCCACAACCUCAGAACAGAUCCACAAGCAAUGAUUUGAAUGGCCGAAUGGUAGCUUUCCUAGUUGUUGGUUGCGUAGGAUCCUUCUCUUUGUUGCUAGUCGUUUGUUUCUUUAUCUUCAGAUAUUGCAAGGGUAGAGGGUGCCGUGUCCAUGAUUCAGGUCGCCUGGAUGAGACUGGUGCCCCUGCUAAUGGUGUUUCCAAUCAGCCCCAAACUUCCCAAGCCCCAUUAGCACCAGCAGUUCUGGAGAAGCGUCUGAGCCAAUUGACCAGCAUGGGAAAUACAGGUCGCUUGGAGGAAUUUUCUUUAGAAGCCCUGAUUCAAGCCACCAACAAUUUCUCUGAAGAUCAUAAAAUUGGGUCUGGCAGUUUUGGUUCCGUCUACAAGGCUACAUUGGAUGAUGGGCGUGAUGUGGCCAUCAAACGAGCUGAAAUAACAAGCACUUCAUCAUACGCAAUCGGCACCAAGCGUCAAGAAGAUAAAGACAAUGCUUUCGUGAAUGAGCUCGAAUAUUUAUCACGCCUCAACCACAAAAAUCUUGUCCAGCUAUUGGGAUUUUGUGAAGAUUUCAAUGAGCGUGUAUUGGUGUAUGAGUACAUGAACAAUGGCACACUCCAUGACCAUCUCCACAAGUUCCAAAACUCACCCUUCAUGUCAUGGGCUAUACGGCUUAAGAUUGCAUUAGAUGCAGCAAGGGGGAUCGAGUACUUGCACGAAUACGCGGUGCCACCAAUCAUACACCGUGAUAUCAAGUCCUCAAACAUUCUUCUCGAUGCAACUUGGACUGCAAAGGUAUCUGAUUUUGGAUUAUCAUUGAUGGGUCCCGAGGAUGAUGAGUCGCACCUGUCACUGCGAGCAGCAGGCACAGUUGGAUACAUUGAUCCCGAGUACUACAGGCUUCAACAACUGACCAGUAAGAGUGAUGUGUACAGUUUUGGAGUAGUAUUGCUGGAAUUAUUAUCGGGAUGCAGGGCAAUCCAUCGGAAUGAAAAUGGGGUGCCAAGGAAUGUGGUUGAUUUUGUGGUUCCAUAUAUUCUCCUAGACGAAAUUCACAGAAUUUUGGACCCCAGAGUCCCACCACCAACGCCUUUCGAAAUAGAGGCAGUGGCGUAUGUAGGAUACCUAGCAGCCGAUUGUGUAAGACCAGAAGGCCGAGACAGACCUUCAAUGACUCAGAUUGUAAAUAGCUUAGAGAAGGCAUUAACUGCCUGUUUGCUUCCCCCAUCCUUCUCUCGAUCCACUACACAAUCCUCCACGUAGCAGAGAAAAAUUGUAUAGCAAAGUCACUAGUCAAUUUUUUUUUUCUUUUUCUGAUUUGUUGAUUCAACCGAGGCAAAAAGAGUAUGGUGGCGGCAAUAAUGUGAAGCCAAUAGAAUGUGCUUUACAAAAAGUAUUGUUUAUGCCUAAUUAAAGUCAAAGUACAUUACUUAUAAGAUUUAGGAUCAAAUUUUGUUA